AUGGGAGGUGGUUCCGGAAAGGAACCAAAAGAAGAUCCAAAUAUUGACAGAGUAAUCUCCCUCAUUAAAUCUAAUGUAGAAGGAUUCAGAAACAUCUACGACUCAGAAUCUUACGGUACCCAAAGCAGCUUUAAGCCCCAUUGUCAUCCUCCCAAUGAGAUCCAAAAAGAAAUUACGGAUUUCCGACUGCAACUCCGCGAGAGCUGUCGCAACACUGAAGCCAAGCCGGUGCGGAUUUUGGCUGCGGCACUCCUCAACACCAGGGAUGAAGUAAAGGCCAACAUCGGCAAACUGGCUACGGUGAAGCGGGAUAUGCGGAAACAGCGGCAACGCCUUCUUCCUCCAUUGCCAAAGGAGGUUCAAAAUCUGGAGAUCCCGGCGGAAUGGAGUACCACUAGAGGAGAGGACGCUAGGCCGUUUCUGAUUUUCGACACCGGAAAAUCUUCUGAGAGAGCCAUCGCCUUCGGUACAGAAGAAGCGGUGAAGACGUUGAGUAGGGCUACACAGUGGUACAUGGAUAGCACGUUCUGCACCUCAUCCGACCUUUUCCAGCAGCUGUAUGUGAUAAGGGGCUUAAAGGGUGACAUUCCUAUAACAUGUGUUUAUGCAUUUAUGACACACAAAAGCACAUCUUUGUACGUGAAAGUGCUAGAGAGUGUCGUGAGAUAUAUGGCAGAAAUUGGUGUAUCGCCAAAUCUGUCUUAUAUUAUGAUAGAUUUUGAAGCUGGCGUCAUAAAUGCAGUCAGUAAAGUGUUUGGAAACAGUGUUAAAGCUAAAUGUUGUUUUUUCCAUCUUUGCCAAAAUUCUUGGAAACAUAUCCAAGGACUUGGUCUUUCAUCGGUAUACAAAUCACAGCCCACCAUCAAACUUUACUGCGGCAUGAUGGACGCUUUGGCAUUCCUGCCUGUGAAGGACCUCUCAGCAGGCAUGCUCUACCUCUGGAGCACAGCACCGGUUGAGUUGGCUGAUUUACUUCUAUACUUCGAACAGACGUACGUCGGCGGUCCAGUGGGUAGUGUCGUCCAAGCCACCUUCCCUCCGUCACUUUGGAAUAUGCAUGAAAUUGUUUUGGCGGGACACGACAAAACGAACAACAACUGUGAGGCGUGGAACAGGAGGUUCAAGGAACUCGUCGGAAGGCAGAACCCUUCUUUUUGGACGGUAGUUCAAGCUCUGCAAAAAGACGAAGCUCUCGAGAGGACUAAGAUGCUGCUUCCGACCAACGAUGCUCAAGAAAGCCGAAAGAAAGCUGAUGAACUACAGCUCCGCAUAUUUAUCAGGGAGAAAUGUCUUCAAUACAACGACGGCCAACUAAAUAUCGAGGACUUCCUGAAGUCUAUUGGAAAUAGAAUUAGGUUUUAA